UCAGUUUUGCAGUAAAGGAGUCAGGAGCUCUUGCUGUUCAAACUACAUAAGUAUGACUGGCAUUAGCAGAAGAGUCCUUGAAGUUGGAUUGACACAGAAAGGAUGCUGCUCCACAGUGUGACGUUAGCUGUCUGCUUUCUCCUGACCUCAUCAAGCCCUCAGAAAACUGCCCAGUCCUGUGUUUUCUCUGUUCUCCAAUCAUCUGGGCUGAGUGUCAACUGCAGCUCUUUAAACCUCAUGGAGCUGCCUCAUCUACCUUCAGAAACCACAGAACUUUAUGUGCAUGACAACCAGCUAACCUCGGUGCCUCCAGGCUGGUUUGACCGACUGCCUAACUUAAAAAAGGUGUCGCUGUCUCCAAACCCGUUCCGCUGUGACUGCAGCAUCCAGUACCUGAGGAACUGGCUGUUAAAGAACAAGGCUGUUGUCUCAGAGGAGCCUUUAUGUUCUAGUCCAGACUCUGUAGCUCAAAGAACCAUCACUUGCCUUGGUGAUGCCUACUUCUCUUCAUGCAGUUUUCCACGCAUACAUCAAAUAACCACCUCCAUCUGUGUUUAUGUGUCUUAUAAUACAGUCUCAGCAGUGAUGGUGUUCUGCAUUAAUCUUCUGCUUUUGUGGAGUUUGAAACUUGCCAGAAAAUCUACCUUCACCCUGUAUGUGGAAGAGAGACACUCAGGAUUUGAGGCGGACUCUCUGCGCUCACUGAAGCCCAAACACAGGAGAAGGUUGCACACCGGACUUUCAGGGGUCAGUGCCGACUCGGAUUCUCUUAUUCUAUCAGAGGACUUGGAAAGGCCACUCCUCAAUAUGGAGUUACUCCCACAAGUGCUAGAAACGUUACACAAGAAGCACAACAUAAAAAUUAAGGCCACCUAACGGACUUUUGUUUGCACCUCAGAUAAAACUGGCAAAAAGUAAAAAAAGAAGGAAGGGAAAAUUAGGUUAAAACAAAGAUGCUAAAUGGAUUUUUUCUGACUUUGCAGCAGCCAUUUUACAUUAAAGUCCAACUAAUUGAGUUUUCAUUUUUUGCUAUACUUCACAAUCAAACCUACUUUGUUUAAUUCAUUAGAGAGAUUACUUACAGGAGUUGUUUUAUUUAUUGUUCCUUGCAAACUAUAAGUGACAAUUUUGAUUUCUGUGUCCAGAACUCUUUCAUGCUUUUGUUCACCUUUAAGUGUGUUGUGUUGAUGUUCAUGACUGAUUGAAAAAAAAGCAAAUGGAAAUCUGGGCUUUUGUUGAUUUAACUGUACUUGCAUUGAGACUGUAGGAAAAGAUAACUGAGUAACAGCUCUUUGAUGCCUGAUAUUGUCUGAAUGGAAGGACAUUUCGGUGGAAAAUGGUAUAAAAUAUGAUGGAAGCCCAAACAUAAGCAAAGGAUUUUCUUCCUCAGUUUUAGU